AUGAGAGUCGCCGUCGAGAACGUCGCCGGGAGGUUCCUCUUCGCGGAGGUGGAGGAAGGCGAGGAGCAGGCGACGGUGGGCCGCUUGAAGAUUGCGAUCGCCGGAGCGGAGGAGGAGGCGGCGCAGGCGCAGAGGAUGAUUCUCGUGACCGCCGCCGGCCGCGUGAUGGCGGAGGACCAGACGGCGCUCGCGCAAUACGGCGUCAGCGAUGGCUCCGUCGUCUACCUUUACUUCUCCCCCGACGGCAGCACCUCCUGGCACCGCUCCUACGAAGACUACCUCACCAUCCCCAGUUAG